AUGGAAUUGCUUCCGAGCAGCCCAACAGGUCUCAAUAUCACUUACAGUGUGUCAAGAUACGUUAUAAUAUCGUGGAUGGAUCCCCAAAACAUUGCAGUGACUCCCGGCGCAGAUGUUGUAAAUCCUUUGACAAAGUUUAGGUUCAUAUUGAGAAAUCAAAGGAAGGUCAUUUUAAACAAAACUGAGCCAUCUAACGUUGCUAAGCCUUACAUGUUGAGCAAUGUUAUUCCUAACACAAUGUACACAGUAGUUGUAUCUGCUGGAAAUUCUGAAGGUUUUGGAGAUGCAGCGAAUGUUUCUUUUAAGACAAAAGAAGAUGUUCCUGAAGGGCCUCCUCUAAAUAUAACAAUCUCUGUCAUCAGUAGUUCAUCGUUAUCAGUCACGUGGAAACCACCUGAUAAAAGCAAGAGAAACGGGAAAAUUGUCAAUUACACUGUUUGUAUACCACCUAUUGAAACCAGCGACGACGUACUAUGUGUGGGUUUUGGCAAGUACAAAAUUGGUUUUGGAAAUUACAGUGAAAAGCAAAUGGCCAUAACAAAUGGACUGCCUCCGACAGGGACGUUCAACCCGUCGGAAAAAACUUUGACAUUUUCUUUAGAAAUUCCUACGGUUAAAUAUGAGUACUUAUUCGUAAUUGCCAUGCAAGGUGACAGACAUAAUCUUCCAUCGCCUUUUACAUUAAAUGUUGAAGACUUAGAAACAUAUUCGACUCCUUCACCACCAAACCUUUACGUUGCUGCGGUACUUAAGCCAAGUGGUGGUGGUAUUUUCGUGUUUAUACUUGGUGAUGGCUCAAAUUCAAGUAUUUCGGGAUUAGGAGGUCGUCGUUCUCCCGAAAGAGUUUAUUAUAACGCUCCUCUAAAACCCAAUACUACUUAUCGAAUUUUCCAGCGUGUGGUGAUAAAUGAUCAGGGUGAUUUUUAUUCCACUGAAUGGAGUCCUUCAGCAAGAACUGCUUCAGAGCUACUUCCGCUUCCAGGCGAUAGUAAAGAUGAUGAUAACAAUGAUAACAACGUAACUGCAAUUGCUGCAGCUUCUGCAGCUGCUGUUGUUUUCGCUAUCGUCUUUGUGGUCCUAAUAAUUCUUUGGAGAAGAAGACGUGCUGUUGUUAAAGAGCCUAAAUUGCAUUUGCAAUCAGAACAUGAGGAUAGGAAUGGACAAGAGCUGUCCGUUAGAAACUACGCGUUCAUCGUUAAUGACAAUGCGGAUCCUGUUGUACGACCAAAUGAAGAAAAUAUUUAUGUAAACAAGUCAAUUUCCGAAGAAGAAAUGUAUGGAAACAAAGAAACUAUCGAGACCCAUAAUCGGUUACCAAUUCCACUCGUAAAUUUUACUGAGCACGUAAAAAAACUGAGAAGAAAAAACAUGGAGGAGUUGAGGCUCGAAUUUGAGGACUUACCAAAUGGUCAGAAAUGCAACUGGGUUAUUGCCAAAAGUCCUAUGAAUUCUGCCAAAAAUCGAUAUGGAAACGCAGUCAAGUACGACCAUUCUCGUGUGAUACUCUCAUGUGAUGAAAAAUCUGACUAUAUCAACGCUUCUUUGUCGACGUAA